UGGAUUUGAUCGAGGUGCUCUGGAAACAAGACGUGGAUCUCGGAUUCACGUUGGCAGAACCGACGACGACUACAAAAAAGUCGUCCACGUUGGAAAAGGAAACCGACGAUGAGAUCGAAAAAUUGAAAGCUCUGGAAGCUAUCAACGCAAACAACGAAAAGAAAGAUGCAAAAGAAUAUGAAGAACCACAGGAUGAUCCUUGGGCAGGUCUUCCCUAUACCGUUGAUCUCGAAACUGGUGAAUAUAUUCUUAGUUCUGGGAAUCAAGGAGGGAGCGGAAGCGACGCUACCGAGGAAGACGAUCAUCUGCUCCGAGACGCGUCGCUGGGCUUAGACAAUCACCCGUUGGACGGAUUAACCAAUGAUUCUUUGGGAUUAACCGAUACUUUAGAGCUCGAGAAUGAUUUUCCCUCGGACCUACUCGGAGGUGGUCUCUUAGGAAGCGCGAGCGUCGACGGCCUCCUCAACAACGAUACGCUCGGCCUGCCCGACGGAUUCAAUCUCGAGGAGGCACUACAGCUCGUUGGCCUCGAUGAGGCUCAGCCAGAGGAAGCGAAAUCGGAAGUGAAGAAGAAGACAGAGGACAACGUGAGAGAAUCCGCGAGCGCAAAGGACGAAGCGGCGAUUACCAGCUCGAGCAGUGUCGUCGAGGUCGCGAAGUCAUCCAAGUGCGAGGAUCCCGAGACCGGCGACAUGAUUCACACGCCGCAGUUUCAUCAUCCCCAUCAUCCGCAUCACCGUUCCUUCCAGGGUCGCAUGCCAUUCAUGCGCGCAAUGAGUAUGGAACAACGAUGGCAAGAUCUAGCGUCCCUCCUUUCGCUACCUGGUGCACCGGAUCACUUCGCGCAUCCUGCACAUCCUGGAUACCCAGGACACGGUAUAAGUCACAGUCAUUACGAGGCGCAGCGUAACGUAUUGCUCCACAAUGCAACUCUCGCACCGCCGGUGGGCGAUCUUAAUUCGACGAGCCCAUAUCACAAUGUGGCCGUGGCAACUUCAAUGAAUUUAACGAACAGUACGGAGCCGAUGGGUGCGGAAAGCGCAGCGGCUUAUAAAUCUGAACCGGCAGAUAUGAUGUACUACCACACGCCAACUUCCGAUUCGAUCAAUCAAACUACCGAUGGCUUUCUCUCGUCCCUCCUCAACGAUGAGGAUUUACAUCUGAUGGACAUGGCCAUGAACGACGGCAUGUACACCAUGCGAAUGCUUGACAAUGGGAAUAACAAUGCUUCGGGUCCAACGGGUGCAGCGGCUUUGCCGGGAGUCCAAACCGCCGGUGGUACGACCUCUUCGGCGGCGGGUGUUACGACCCUUCCGGGUGUGACAGACGAAAGGAUGGAUGCGUCCAGCGAUAGUGCUGUCAGCAGCAUGGGUAGCGAACGCGUACCAUCCCUCUCGGAUGGUGAAUGGAUGGAGACUGGAUCUAACUCUAGCCACACGCAAGCCGAUUCUCAUUAUACCAUGGAUUACGCCAGCAAAUAUCGCAUGUCGUAUGACUGCAGUUACUCGGUUUCCGGGAGAAACGCCGGUUCCCCGAGAUGUCAGACGGAACGCAGCAUGCCACCGGUUGCCCAGAAAAAACAUCAAAUGUUCGCCAAGCGAUAUUUUCAAGAACAAGGAACAGGUUCGCCUCUCGGAGCUACGGCACAUCCAACUACCCCGAUGAAGUAUGAAUACGACUCGCAUACAGUUGGCGCCGGUGCACCGGGAAAUGCUUACUCCGGCCCGAUCGAAGGUGCUGCUGGUCCUCAACCAGAAAUGAAAUAUAGCUGUAGUGUAGAUUUCAAUCGUCAUCAAUCAGGACGUUCUGCUAUAGAACACGUUCAUCAUAAUCAUACUUAUCACUUACCUGCUGAAAGCUCAGGCUCGCUUCAACGUCCAAUUUCUCGCGACAAAAAAGUGCGUAAAAGCGAGGGCGAGGAGCAUCUGACCAGAGACGAAAAGAGAGCAAGGGCGUUGAAUGUACCGAUACCAGUGAAUGAUAUUAUCAAUCUCCCUAUGGACGAAUUUAACGAACGUCUUAGUAAAUACGAUCUCAGCGAGGCUCAAUUGUCGUUGAUACGCGACAUCAGGAGACGGGGUAAAAACAAAGUUGCUGCGCAGAAUUGCCGUAAACGUAAGCUGGAUCAGAUUCUCAGUCUUGCCGACGAAGUGAAAGAGAUGAGGGAUCGCAAGAUGAGGCUUAUUCGCGAACGCGAGUUCAUGCUUGUCGAGAGGCAACGCGUCAAGGACAAAUUCAGUCAGCUUUAUCGUCACGUGUUUCAAUCGUUGCGGGACCCAGAUGGCAAUCAAUACCACCCGUAUGAAUACAGCCUGCAACAAUCAGCCGAUGGGAAUGUGCUGUUAGUGCCGAGGAAUCAGACGAAUCCCCAUCACCCACGCUCGACUACGAUGGAACCAAAAACAAAGCCUGACUCCGAGCACAAAGAGUGAAAUUCGGGAGAGAUCGCGUUUCGACGUUCGAUACGUUCGAUAAGGGAAACUAUAUUUUCUUGAGGCGGUGUAUGCAGAUUCGUGCGGCAGGCGAACGUGUUGCGCGGACGCAAAACCGCACGAGAAUUUCACAGCAUGUUCAAUUAAGAAAUAUUUCAAAAGUGUUUACAAUACUCGCAUUGAGUUAUGUCUUUCUUUGAGAAGUAAUCACCAAACGUAGAAACACUGAUUGUACAUAUAGUUAAUUGACGUAAGCGGAUUGAUAAUCUAUGCAAAUAGAGAGAGGUAGGCAAAGCUAAGGAUUCGUGUUACUCAAAAGGAAAUAUUUUUAUUCUGAUCAAUCGUGAGUGCAUGAAGCUACGAGAUGUUUUACUUAUUUCGUAUUCAAAUUCGUGGGGACACUACAGUAAUUUUUGUCGUACUAUUUUUUUUCCUUCGAUAUAUAAAGAUUACAACUUUAAUUUCAAAUACGUACAGAUAUAUGUCAUGUAUAUAUGCGUUUUUUUAUCCGCCGUGAUUAUAUUAUAGCUACGUAUAUACAUAUAGAUAUGGAUUGAAUAUACUUAAACAUUUAAUGAAGGAAAUUGAAAUACGUUACGGUCCAACUAUAGUUGAUGUAUAAGUCAAUUAAUUUGUAGUUGCAUCGUGCAACAGUUGAAUUGAAGCGUAACAUCGAAAUUAUGUGAUCUUGCCAAAACUUACGUAUUUCGCAUAGAGAUAAAUACGUUUUGAAUAUGUUAUACAGAAUUCAAUGCUGGUAAGACAAACUGUAUCCGAAUAAAUAAUACCAGUAAAUUAAAACGGUUGUGUAGCUCCUGCUUUACCAUUAAUAUAAAUUUAUAAAACGAUCGCAACUUCCUCGAUGUUAAUAAAACAUCAGAAGAUGUCGAGAUGCAGAAUAAAAGAUUGCGUUCAAAUUGGAAAUUAUAUGAAAGCAAAGAGUAUAUCUCAGAGACAUCGAAUAAUGUAUAUUGUUGGGGUUCUGUACAGAGAAAAUUGUUCCAAAAGAAUAUGAAAUUUCAGUCCGUUCCGAACGAAAUAUAUUAAAUAAAUUGUAAUAUAAAAUGAUAAAGAUAUCUAGUUAUUAAUGUGAGUACAUGAAUACUUUAUGCGCAACGUGUUGUAUCGCUAUAAUAAUUGAUAAUAGUAUUGAUUGAAAUAUGAACAAAAAAAACACAUAAUAAAUACACAUAUUUUUAUAAAAUAAGGGACGAAUAAAAUUCAGGUAUUUCACAUA